GCGGCCCGGUACUUUCCACGGCAAUCAGUUGGAGCUCAAGCGUGUGAGUUUUGUGUACUGUGCGCAGCAGACGUCGCGCCUACAGAAAAGCCCACGCUGACGUUUCGGAAAGCCUAAAAGCGAACAAAGGAGAAGCGGGCCAGCCCAAGAGCACUUGACCAUCAGAAUGCUACAGUUAUUGCUACUCGUUUUUGGACUGAACUUCAGAGCCAUGACGGGACUGCCACAGUCCAUGGUGGCGUCCAGUCCAUCUCCGCUCAAGCAAGACUUUGCUUCAGAUCUGUAUGACGUCGCACGGGGCACAGAGGAGCCUCCAAGACUGCCCAAGCCGGAAAUAUACAGCCUGAGAGUGGAAUCUCAGAUAAAAUCCCGAUACGCCAGGACCGUGGUCAACAGCAGGCUUGCCAACCCCGCCAACAAGUCGCAAGAAGUAUUCUUCAGCGUGGUUCUACCAGAGACUGCAUUCAUCUCCGGUUUCCUCAUCGAGGUGGACGGAAAAGUGUAUGAAGCAUACGUGAGAGAGAAAGAGGCAGCAAAGCGAGAGUACGAGCAAGCUGUGGCUAGCGGGCACACUGCGGCACACGUGGCUCUCAGCGCACGGGAAUCGAAUCGCUUCACAGUGUCCGUGAACGUCGAGCCCCAGAAGAAAGCGACAUUCAACCUGACGUAUGAGGAGCUUCUGACGCGAAGACUGGGGCAGUACACUCACGUGAUCAACCUGCACCCCGGGCAAGAGGUCAGAGACUUGCAGGUCCACGUGUCCAUCAGCGAGCGUAGGAACAUGACGACGCUUCGGGUUCCGGAACUGCGUUCCGGAAACGAGAUAGACCCUGACCAGGACAAUAAAGUCAACUCUCUGGCGAAGAUCGAACGACCAAGUUCCACGGAGGCACAGGUGUGGUUCUCUCCAUCGGUGGAGCAGCAGCGAGAGUUGGCCAAGAAGUUUGGGGAUAAGAAGGAAGGAGCAGGACUCAGUGGACAGUUCGUGGUGCAAUAUGACGUGGAGAGGGACCCUCAAGCAGGCGAGGUUCUGGUUAAUGAUGGCUACUUCGUGCACUUCUUCGCCCCGACAGACCUAAAGCCGCUGCACAAGCGCGUCGUCUUCGUUCUGGACGUCAGCGGCUCGAUGGACGGAAGGAAGAUCGAGCAACUGAAAGAAGCCAUGACGGCCAUCCUCGACGACCUCAACGACGGCGACUACUUCAACAUCGUCGAGUUCUCCUAUUCAGUGACGGUGUGGAACCUUGACUCAACAUCCCAGAGUGCUGUGUUCUCUCCUUACAAUGCAUAUGGGGACAGUUCCAGCCCCCAGCUGGGACAUACCCCGGCCUUCCCAGCCACAGAGGAGUACAAAAGGAAGGCAAAGGACAUCAUCAAGAAAAUGCGAGCAGGUGGAGGUACCAACAUCCAUGACACUUUGAAGACAGCGAUUCGUGUAGCACAUGAGGGCCUGCAAAAUAUCACUACAGAAGACAAGCCAGAGCCCAUUGUUGUAUUCCUGACAGAUGGUGAGCCCACAGUGGGUGAAGUGAGACCCAACAGAAUCCAGGCCGCUGUCCGGGAGCUGAACUCUGAACCUGAGGCCUCUAUAUUCAGUCUUGCACUCGGAGAUGAUGCGGACUUUGGCUUCCUGAAGAAGCUGUCACUACGCAACUCUGGUUUUGCACGCAAGAUCUAUGAGGCUUCAGACACAGCACUGCAGCUCAGAGACUUCUAUCGCCAAGUGGCAUCUCCACUUCUGGCUAAUGUCACCUUCAGCUACCAACCACAACACGUAGAAGAGCGGUCCAUGACCCGGCACAUCUUCCCCACGCUGUUCUCGGGCGCUGAACUUGUAGUGGCCGGCAAGCUUAAGGAGUACGUGCUUCCAGACUCAUUGUUGGGGCAUGUGAGCGGUUCCUCUCUCGAUGGCUCAUCCCAGUUUUCAUCCUCUGGAUUGGUCGAGGUGUCCUCCCUGGAACGGUCCUGGGCCUAUCUCACCAUCCAGCAGUUGCUGGAGGACCCUGAAGUGGAGGGUGAAGAUGACAUCAACCCAACAGACAGCAAGGACUCCAAGAAGAAGGCUCUUGAGCUGGCAUUAAAGUACUCCUUCGUGACACCUGUGACAUCACUUGUGGUCGUGAAACCGAAUGAUACUCAUGCCAUAGGCUCCGAAGUGAACCAACCUACAGUGAAUGCUGGUGGAGGCCCACACUACGCACUCCCUCUGGCAGGAGCGCCACCUAUAUCAACACAAGGACCAUCUGCAGGUGUUUAUGGUGGAGGGAUGGCAGAUCGGUUCGACAUUUCAGGGGCAGGGCUUUCUGUUGCACAAGAAAAACAUCAGCCCCAAUACCAUGGAUAUAUAAAUAUGUAUGGUGAUGUAAGUGAUUUUGGUGACAUACAUACCGUUGCAGAAGCAUUUCCAGCAGCUGAACUGGACAUCCUGGAGCAUUCAGAGCCACCACUGUACCUGACCACUUGGUUGGACACCAGAACUAUGGAAGUAACAACAAAGACUGCUGAGGAUCCUGGUGAAAUACUGGACAGCCUCAGUGACCUGGAAUGGCUGAGUGAAGUUAGGAAUGGAACUGACAGAGUUCUGCUCCCACUGGGUGAGAAUGGAACGGCUACCAUCUUCACGCUGGGACUAAACAAGACCGCUGUAGGCGAAGUUGCAUGUACAACAAGUGCUUAUGCAGGAGACGGAGUGUGUGUUCCUUUACCACAAUGUGUACUACGAGUCUUCAGAUAUGACUUCGACAUUUACCUGAAACAGUACUUCUGUACAAGUGACAGUGUUGCUGGAGUAUGUUGCCCAGAACACCUCUACAGCCAGAAGACGGCGACAACGGAAAUCAGCUACAGCACAACCGCGGUUGUGGACUAAGUUCCUAAGCACUAACUUAAUAGUUCUUUAUAUUACAGGGAUCUUGUAGCCUGUUUUGUAAUGUAAUUUCUUGGGGUCAUUAAUUACAUAUUGUUACAACAUUGUAAAUAAAAAUGUGCCAAGCAAAA